AUGUCGUCGAUACACUACAAGUUUCGGGCGACCGUCGAACUCAAAACGGUUCGCUUUGAUGGAUUGCACGUUUUGUGCAGUGAUUUGAAGAGGAAAAUCUACAGCAAUGAGAAUAUCAAAGUCGAAUCGUUUGACUUGAUAUUAACAAAUGCGCAGACGAGACGCAGCUAUGUGGACAACGAGCCGGUGCCGAGAAAUACAACUAUCAUUGUGCAAAGAGUUCCAAAAGAAGGCGCCGAGAAAGCACCAAAGAUUCCGAAAGGAAAUGGUGGCUUAAUUAUGAAGAGUUCGACUUCUGAUGGCUCGGUGGUGAAUCCGAAUGUGAUUGGACACUUGGAUCAGGUCGACCUCGACAAUAUGACAGAAGAAGAGAGACAAGCGCAUGUAGUGGCUGUAUCUACAUCAAAAUAUGAUCAAUCGAAUUAUGUGAAACGCAUUCGAAACACGGUCAUGUCCGGUCCACCGCCAACAACAUAUGUUUGCAAUCGAUGCAAUCAAACGGGUCACUGGUAUCAGAAUUGUCCGAUGGCGAACACAAGAAAAGCGACAGGGAUGACGAUGGACGAAUUGUUGGUGACAACAGCCGAUGAUCCACACGCACUUCUGCACUCAUCCGGGCGCUAUGUUGUGCCGAAGAUGCAUCACCUGGCUCGACAACAACAAAAACGGCCGUCUGUUGAAGCGCCUGAAGAAAAAACAUCUCCAGAGAACAUCGUUCAACGUGUGCGCAUCGGGUUGGGUCCCACGGUUUCGUCAGUGCAACCGGCUAUACGCUUUCCUGGCUCCACUUCACAGCUCACACAAAUCACUGGGGAAGUCACACAAAUCACCGGUGGCGGCUUUCAUCAACCACCUCCAGUGUUGUUGGACACGAGUGUACCGCCGCCAAAUUUCACCAUCCCGCCCACAUCGUUGCACAUGACUCUUCCUAGCUCAGCCGUACCGGUGUUCAACAUGUCCGUACCCCCGCCUAGUAUAAAUCUGCAUACACCAAAUUAUGCUAACUUUGGUGCUCAACACGGACAUUAUAUGGGUCACACCGCCGUGAAACAAGAAUUACCGCCUGGGAUUGAUGAUUAUUGUGGCGGCCUUUCAAUGGAGGAUCGGCGGUGGUCGACCGUGGGCUGUACAUUUUCAUCAACGAGUCGACGGCGAUCAUCGCGUUCAUCUCGUUCUCGGAGUCGAUCACCUGUAAAGAGACGAUCUCGAAAGAAAGACCGAAAACACAGCAAGAAGAGAAGCCAUCAAAGUCGCAGUAGUCGUAGUGAACAGAAGCACAGACGUCAUCGCAGCACAAGUCAAGAGGGACGACGAAAGACGAAAAAGAAAGACCGAAAGGACGAUGAUCGAGAAGAACGGAAGUCCAGACGAUCACAAGACAGUGAUGGUGAAACUGAGGAUCGAGGCAAGGACCAAGUCAAGGACCAAGUCGAGGACCAAGUCAAGGAGCAAGAAAGGAGCAGGAAAGGAAAAGAUCUCGACGUGCCCGAGAAGAUGGUGAACACGAUAGCAAAGGCGAUGUCGCCCCUGAGGAUG